GCGGGUGCAGGUGGGCGGAGGUUUAAGGAGGCUGCGGAGGGGAGCGAGGUGAGCAGAGCGGAGGUGGGCGGGAGGUGAGCGGAGCAGAGGUGGGCUGCGGUAAUGGGCGGAGGUUGACGGAGAUGGGCGUAGGUUGGCGGAGGUGGGCAGAGGUUGGCGGAGAUGGACGGAGGUUGGCGGAGGUGGGCGGAGGUAGGUGGGCGGAGGUUGGUGGAGAUGGGCGGAGGUUGGUAGAGGUGGGCGGAGGUUGGCGAAGGUUAGCGGAGGUUGGCGGAGCGGAGGCGGGCGGAGGUGGGCGGAGGUUGAAGGAGGCUGCGGAGGCGGGCGAGAGGUGGGCGGAGGCGGGCGGAGGUUGGCGGAGUCAGACGGAGGUUGGCGGAGGUGGGCGAAGGCUGGUGGGCAGAGGUGGGCGGAGGUUGGCGGAGAUGGGUGGAGGUUGGCGGAGGUGGGCAGAGGUAGGUUGGCAGAGGUUGGCAGGAUGGGCGGAGGUUGGUGGAGAUGGGCGGAGGUUGGCAGAGGUGGGUGGAAGGAGGUUGGUGGAGAUGAGCGGAGGUUGGCGGAGGUGGGCGGAGGUAGGUGGGCGGAGGUUGGCGGAGAUGGGCGGAGGUGGGCGGGGCUGGGAGGAGGUUGGCAGAGAUGGGCGGAGGUUCAUGGAGGUGGGCGGAGGUAGGCGGGCAAAUGUUGGCGGAGGUAGGCGGAGGUAGGUGGGUGGAGGUUUGCGGAGAUGGGUACGUUGUAGCUUUGUUUGUCGGGUACCGUACGUCUUUGUAGGUCUUUGUCGA